GCGGCGGCGGCGGCGGCGCGGGCGCUGGGCUGGGGUUGAGCCGCGCCAGAGCAGCGGAUCCCGGUCUCGACGCGGCAGCAGCGCGGAGUCGCGCAGGGCCCGGAGACGCGGUGCUUUUCUGCCUCCCACCACUUUUUUUUUUUGUUUUUGUUUUAAAUAACCGGAACCAAUGAACGGCGCCGCGACCCGAGCUCCGGAGGCCGCCGGUGUCCCGGGGACCAGGCUGGCGCCCAGCGGGAGCCAGCGUCUGGGGUGGCGGGGGCGGCCCGGGGAGUCGCCGGCGACGGCGGUGCCUCGCGGGGCGAGCGAGUGGCCGGCGGCCGGGGCGCCGCCACUUCGCGGUCCCUUCGCCCCGCAUCCCGCCGGGACUCCCGCCCCGGCCCCGGCCUCGGGCUGGCUGCCGGGGCGGCGCUGGGCUGCGCUGCUGGUGUUCGGGUUGCUGGUGGCCGGAGCCGCGGACGGAUGCGACCUGGUGCCGAGACACCUCCGCGGGCGACGGGCGGCUGGCUCGGCCGGGGCUGCCGCCUCUUCUCCGGCGGCGGCGGGCGACCGCCGGGCUCUCCUGACAGAUCCCUGCAUGUCACUGAGUCCACCGUGCUUCACAGAAGAAGAUAGAUUUAGUCUGGAAGCUCUUCAGACGAUCCAUAAACAAAUGGAUGAUGACAAAGAUGGUGGGAUUGAAGUAGAUGAGAGUGAUGAAUUUAUCAGAGAAGAUAUGAAGUAUAAAGAUGCUACUAAUAAGCACAGCCAUCUGCACAGAGAAGAUAAGCAUAUAACUGUUGAGGAUUUGUGGAAGCGAUGGAAAACAUCAGAAGUUCAUAAUUGGACUCUUGAAGAUACCCUUCAGUGGUUGAUAGAAUUUGUUGAACUCCCACAAUAUGAGAAGAAUUUUAGAGACAAUAAUGUCAAAGGAACAACACUUCCCAGGAUAGCAGUGCAUGAGCUUUCAUUUAUGAUUUCUCAGUUGAAAAUCACCGACCGGAGUCACAGACAGAAACUUCAGCUCAAGGCGCUGGAUGUGGUUUUGUUUGGACCUCUGACACGCCCACCUCAUAACUGGAUGAAGGAUUUUAUUCUCACAGUUUCUAUUCUAAUCGGUGUUGGAGGAUGUUGGUUUGCUUAUACACAGAAUAAGACAUCAAAAGAACAUGUUGCAAAAAUGAUGAAAGACUUAGAGAGUCUACAAACUGCAGAGCAAAGUCUUAUGGACUUACAAGAGAGGCUUGAAAAGGCACAGGAAGAAAACAGAAAUGUUGCUGUAGAAAAGCAAAAUCUAGAGCGCAAAAUGAUGGAUGAAAUCAAUUAUGCCAAGGAGGAGGCUUGUCGGCUGAGAGAGCUCAGGGAAGGAGCUGAGUGUGAACUGAGCAGACGUCAGUAUGCAGAGCAGGAACUGGAGCAGGUUCGCAUGGCUCUAAAAAAGGCUGAAAAAGAAUUUGAACUUCGAAGCAGUUGGUCUGUUCCAGAUGCUCUUCAGAAAUGGCUUCAAUUAACACAUGAAGUAGAAGUACAAUACUAUAACAUCAAAAGACAGAAUGCUGAAAUGCAGUUAGCCAUUGCUAAGGAUGAGGUUGCUGCUUCCUAUCUGAUUCAGGCAGAAAAAAUUAAAAAGAAGAGAAGCACAGUGUUUGGGACUCUGCAUGUUGCUCAUAGCUCCUCCCUAGAUGAAGUAGAUCACAAAAUUCUGGAAGCAAAAAAAGCUCUCUCAGAGUUGACAACUUGUUUACGAGAACGACUCUUUCGCUGGCAACAGAUUGAGAAGAUCUGUGGCUUUCAGAUAGCCCAUAACUCCGGACUCCCCAGCCUGACCUCUUCCCUUUAUUCUGAUCACAGCUGGGUAGUGAUGCCCAGAGUCUCCAUUCCACCCUACCCGAUUGCUGGAGGGGUUGAUGACUUAGAUGAAGACACACCCCCAAUAGUAUCUCAAUUUCCUGGGACUGUGGCUAAACCUGCUGGAUCUUUAGCCCGAAGCAGCAGUUUGUGUCGCUCUCGUCGUAGCAUUGUGCCCUCUUCGCCACAGUCCCAGCGAGCCCAGCUUCCUCCACAUGCUCCUCAUCCAGCCCAUCCUCGCCAUCCUCACCUGCCUCAGCAUCCCCAGCACUCGCUGCCUUCCCCUGAUCCAGACAUCCUCUCAGUGUCAAGUUGCCCUGCGCUCUAUCGGAAUGAGGAGGAGGAGGAGGCCAUUUACUUCACUGCUGAAAAGCAAUGGAGUUCAGUGUUUGCUGUAUGCUGGGUACUUGAUGCUGAGCCGCAUGAGCUGUUCCUGGCCGGGGAAGUACCAGACACAGCUUCAGAAUGUGACUCCUUAAACUCUUCCAUUGGAAGGAAACAGUCUCCUCCUCCAAGCCUCGAGAUAUACCAAACAAUGUCUCCUCGAAAGAUAUCCAGAGAUGAGCUCUCCCUAGAGGAUUCCUCCAGAGGAGAUUCACCCGUCACGGCAGAUCUCUCCCGGGGCUCUCCUGAUUGCGUAGGUCUGACAGAAACGAAGAGUAUGAUCUUCAGUCCUGCAAGCAAAGUGUACAAUGGCAUCUUGGAGAAAUCCUGUAGUAUGAACCAGCUUUCUAGUGGCAUCCCGGUGCCUAAACCUCGCCACACAUCAUGUUCCUCUGCUGGCAAUGAUAGCAAACCAGUUCAGGAAGCCCCAAGUGUUACCAGGAUAAGCAGCAUCCCACACGAUCUCUGUCACAAUGGAGAGAAGAGCAAAAAGCCAUCAAAAAUCAAAAGCCUUUUUAAGAAGAAGUCGAAGUGAUCUGGCUGACUUGCUGGGAUUUCAUUUCAGCGGCACCUGUAAACUUUUUUUUCUCCCAUCCUCUACUCUCUGUUUUUGUUUUAAUUUUAGGACUGUAACUCCAUUGGGGCUUUCGAAACUGGAUGCCAUAGUGGAAUGUCCUUCAAGGCAACUGUCUAACUGUCUGCUUAUUUAAGUGACUACAUAGCCAAUUCAUCAAGCCAAUUAUUACUGAAAAAUCAAUGAGACGAGACAGUUUACAGUCAUUUUCUGCCUAUUUAUUUCUGCAUUUUUGAUGGUGAUGUAUAUACAAUAUUUUGUUGAAAGCCACUAUGGACUUACAAGCUUUAACGGACUAGUAAGCCAGCAUGGGCUUGCAAAAAUUUCUUGUUUACCAGAGCAUCUUCUUAUCUUUCCACAGAGCUAUUUACAUGAUGGACUAAAUAACUUAAAAGAAGUAAAACUAAUUGCACUACUGUUUUCCAGACUGGAAAAAAAAUCUCUGCAAGUGAAACUGUAUAGAGUUUAUAAAAUGACUAUGGAUAGGGAACUGUUUUCACUUUUAGAUCAAAAUGGGUUUUUAAGUAGAAACUAGGGUUUCUAAUUGACUUGAUUUCUGGAAACGAAAACCCAUGCUUUUAUUAUGGGACGCUUCUUCAAAAUGCAUUUAGUAUAAAGGUUCAAGUCCUGCUGUAAAGAUCAUGUUUUGUUUUCCCCAGGGCUUUCACUGUGAUUUCCUGCAUUUCAGGCUGUAUGAUAAAAAUAUAAAUAAUUUAAGGAGAGAAACCUCUUGAUUCCUUAUGCGAAUGGAAGAGUUAAAGCUCAAUUGGAGGACUUCAAACAUUCACAAGCUGAAACUGAGGCGGGGCGUGGGGGAUUCAGACCCUUGUUUACAGACUUCGAAUAACUGCAAAGGACUUACGGUUUGUGAAAAAUUUGUACUGUGGAAAAGAUAAUAAAUUGGAGACAAUAUUGUGUGGGACUGCUGAUAUUUGUUGAUAACACUCCACUAAAAACACUAUGUUUUCUGGAGAGCCGUGUAAGCUAUCUUGUUGCUUAAUUGCAAUAUGAGAAAUAGUGAUAAUUUGGAAGUUGUCAACAAAUUUUCUUUCUAUUUUAUAUUGUCUGUCAUAUUUUUAUGUAGUUUGAAAUGUUUAAGUGUUCUAAUAUCGAGAUUAACAAAUAUAAAUUUAUGGUGCAUUUAGAUUGUGUUGUAUUAAUUUGUCAAGUUUGGUAUUCAUUAAAUCAAUAGGCUGUUGUAAAGCUUUCCUGUGACAAAUGUCACAUACAGUCCCAAAAUGCAUUACUAUCUGGGGAGUUCCUGUGUGUUCUGCCUUGAAAAAUUCAGUCAUAAAUGCUCUGAUUAAUGCACUAUGGGUGGAUGUUUGGAUAGUCAGCAGAUACACGUUAGCUAGAAUGUGCUUUAGGAUAAUGGCUAAAAUACAUCAUGUCUCACUCACUGGUCUUUAGAUGAAAAUGCUGAUCGAUAAAUGAGAAGUUUCUUUGA